GGGAACUCCCUCCGUGCUGUGCCACCCGGCAUUACUCAUUCGUCCGGGUUCAGGCUUUCGCGGCGUUUAUUAAGGGCUCGCCUCCUGCCUCACUCUACUCUCCCGGGCUCAAACUCCGCUCACUGGAGAAGCUUGCGUCUUCCCUCCCGCCGGCUGCGGAGCGAACUUAGUCUGUCCCGCGAUGUAUCUCCCCGGGGUUCUGCUCUGUGCUCUCUGGUCCGCAGUUUUGGCUGAGAACUCAGAUGACUAUGAACUCAUGUAUGUGAAUCUCGACAACGAAAUAGACAAUGGACUGCAUCCCACCGAGGACCCCACGCCGUGCGACUGCCGCCGGGAGCACUCGGAGUGGGACAAGCUGUUCAUCAUGCUGGAGAACUCGCAGAUGCGGGAGGGCAUGCUGCUGCAGGCCACCGACGACGUCCUCCGGGGCGAGCUUCAGAGGCUGCAGGCGGAGCUGGGCCGGCUGGCGGGCGGCCUGGUGAAGCCCUGUGCCGCCCCGGGCCCCGCAGAAGCCAGGCUAGCGCGGGCGCUGGAGCAGCUGCUGCAGGAGAGCCGGGAUGCGAGCCUCCGGCUGGCGCGCCUGGAGGAUGCGGAGACCCGGCGGCCAGAGGCUGCAGGGCGCGGCCUGGGCGCGGUGCUGGAGGAACUGCGAAGGACACGCGCAGACCUGAGCGCGGUGCAGAGCUGGGCCGCCCGGCACUGGCUGCCUGCAGGUUGUGAAACAGCGAUUUUAUUCCCCAUGCGUUCCAGAAAGAUUUUUGGAAGCGUGCAUCCUGUGAGACCAAUGAAGCUUGAAUCUUUUAGUACUUGCAUUUGGGUCAAAGCCACAGAUAUAUUAAACAAAACCAUCCUGUUUUCCUAUGGCACAAAGAGGAAUCCCUAUGAGAUGCAGCUGUACCUCAGUUCUCAGGCCCUAGUGUUGGUGGUGGGUGGAGAGGAGAGCAAGCUGGCAGCGGAUACUAUGGUUUCCCUGGGAAGGUGGACCCAUCUGUGCGCCACCUGGAGUUCAAAGCUGGGGAGCAUGUCCUUGUGGGUAAAUGGGGACCUGGUGGCCACUGCUGUGCAGAUGGCCACAAGUCACACCGUUCCUGAGGGAGGAAUCCUGCAGAUUGGCCAGGAAAAGAACGGCUGCUGUGUGGGUGGGGGUUUUGAUGAAACAUUAGCGUUUUCUGGAAGAAUCACAGGCUUCAAUAUUUGGGAUCGUGUUCUGAGCAAGGAGGAGAUAAGAGAGAGUGGAGGAGAGGAGUCUUGCCACAUCCGGGGAAACGUCGUCGGGUGGGGAGUCACCGAGAUUCAGCUCCACGGAGGAGCUCAGUAUGUUUCCUAAGUAUUGUGAAACUCUGCUUGAAGCCAAAGGAGACUCACAUACAUGCCAGCUGGGAAAGUCUAAAAACCUCAGUGUGUAAUAAGAACACUCGAGACUAAUGAAGGAGAGACUUGAGUUCCGUCUUUAUUUAUCUUGGCAAAAUACUGAAUAAACAGUUGAAGGGAAGACAUUGGAGAAGGCUUUGGGGGAUAUUGUUACUAGACCUUAUGCUGUGGUGCUUUCAGAUUAAUGUCCCGUCUCUGACAGAUAAACCCUCAAAUAAUUAAACAGGAUGGGCUCUGAACAGAAGGAUGAUUGUGUUACUUAUCUUUGGUCAAUUUUGUUUUGGCCAGAGAUGCAUUUUAUAUUGGAAGAAUAAUAAAACAAGAUCUGUUGUCCAUUGUUCAUUCUUAUUGAUAUGUACCUUAUUAGAAAAAUAUGAUGAGAAAAAACAUAUUUAUACCACAAUGUGACUUAUUAAAAAAUACAAAUGUAGUUUAUGUGUUAUAAUCAAAUGUCCCUUUUGGGAGAAGAUAGUUGUGUAAAUUAUAUUGUGAAAUGGGUUUGUAUUAAUUUUAUUUUUGUAAAGCACUACUGUAAAUAAAAUGUUUUAUAAAACUU